AUGUAUUAUAUGUUCUAUCAGAAACAACUGGAUAAUGCCUGUUCAAAAAUGUAUUUUUUAGAAAGACGCCCAGCCAAGGACUAUUUGGUUGGUUUCAUUCAGCGCUAUAAGGACUGGUUAAUUCCUGACUUUCUUGGAAAGGGAACUCCGGAAGAACUGGCCACUAAACUUGUGGGUUCUUGCUUGCCCCACGCUGGUGAUUGUCAUUCGAGUCUAAUAGAUGAGACUUUCAGUCCGGAAGCCAAAACUCUGUCCGGGACAGUGCUCAUCUGUGCAGUGUUUUACGUUGCAGAAAGCCCAACAAUCGAGGACUACUUCACAAUGGCCAACCUCGACAAGGAGCAAUCUGCACGCCUAUAUCAGCUCAUGUCUGGCGUUGCCGAGGGCAAACAGAUGCAACUCCUGAUGUUGGGCAUGCCUCUGGGCGCCUGGGCGGAAUUAUACUUCCUCUUCAAUCGUAUCGCCAGCAGCGGAUUCCUGCACGAGGGAACAACCGACUAA